CGGCUGUUUCCUUUCAGCGCCCCGCCAGCCUUUCUGCCCUGCCUGAUUGCCUCGGCACUCACCGAGCAGCCAGCGAGGACGGCGCCCGGCGCUCGACCCAAGGAAGGAGACGGGCUUACUUGCAGUUGUGUGGACACCAUCUCCAUCAGUUCCUGUCAUAUGACUGAGAUGUCAUGGGACUUCCUGCCUCAUGCUUGCAGAUUAAAUCACCUGCAAGUGAUGCUCCUUUUCUUGGUGGCUGUGAUCCUGCUGCAAACGGACAACAGCCUCUGCGACCUCCCUUUCUACAAUGGCUUUUACUACAAUCACGUCAUGAAUGACAAAGGAAAUGGAAAUGAGGAAAUUCACUUCAAUGGCGUAAAGCUGGUGGUAGAAACUCCAGGUGACCCCAUCUUCACCCACCGUGGGGCCAAUGUCACGCUCUCCUGCCACUACCACUAUGAUCCGCAACUGGUCAAGUCCCGUAAGAUCCGCAUCAAGUGGUCCAAGCUGCGGGAGGACAGCACCAAAGACAAGGACGUGCUGGUGGCUGCUGGCCUGAACCACCGCAGCUUUGGUGACUUCAACGGGCGCGCUCACCUGCAGCAGGACAGCCCUGGAGAUGUGUCCCUGGUGAUCCAUGACCUGCGCUUGCACGAUCGUGGCAAGUACCGCUGCGAGGUCAUUGAUGGACUGGAAGACGAGAGUGGGAUUGUGGAUCUCGAGCUGCAAGGGGUUGUUUUCCCUUACCAGCCUCACCGCGGCCGCUACAUGCUCAAUUUCCAUGAGGCCAAGAGGACCUGUGAAGAGCAGGAUGCCGUAAUUGCCUCCUUUGAACAGCUCUUCAAGUCGUGGGAGGAAGGCCUGGACUGGUGUAAUGCAGGGUGGCUGGCAGACGGCACGGUCCAGUACCCCAUCACUCUGUCCCGGGAGCCCUGUGGUGGAAGGGGGAUGGCCCCUGGGAUCCGGAGCUAUGGAGAGCGCCACAAGAGCCUGCAUCAUUUUGAUGUCUUCUGUUUCUCCUCUUAUCUGAAAGGGGAGGUUUACUACCUGUCUCAUCCGCAGAAGUUCACCCUGGAAGAAGCCAAGCAAGCAUGCCAGGAUGACAAGGCUGAGAUUGCAAAGGUGGGCCAGCUCUAUUCGGCAUGGCAGCUGCACAGGCUGGACCGUUGUGAUGCUGGCUGGCUGGCUGAUGGAAGCGUGCGGUACUCCAUUGUCUCUCCUCGGCCCAAGUGUGGUCCACCAGAACCAGGAGUCAGAAGCUUUGGCUUUCCCAAACGUGGGAAAUUUGGGGCCUACUGUUACAAGAUGAACUAAAGGAAGAGCAGUGGAGAGAGGAGCUUCUUUGAAGAAUGGACUUGGGCCUUCAGGUGCCUUCUAGAGUUACUUAUUUAAAGGGCCAGUCUCGGGGUGGGGGGAGAGGCAUUUUAAUCUUCGGGGUUUUUUUUAAAUGAUGUUUUUUGUUUUGUUUUGCGCUUUUGUAGUGAAAGGGCAUUGUAGUUGUCUUGGAGCUGAUCCCAAAAUUACCCAGCUCUGUUGACCAUGGGAUUCUGUAGUAAGGGAGAAACCUGAGACAAAGUUUUUGGUCUACUUUCUGAAAGAUCAGGCAACUUUAAAAAAAAAAAAGAAAUGUAGAAAUGGCUAGAUAGAGCCUGUAGACGAUAAGCAAAAAGAACAUGCCAUCCAUUCAGAGCUGAUUCACGGCAACCCCUGUGCGGGGAAUUCAGGCAAGAGACAAGCAGAGGUGCUGUGUAAAUAGUUUCCUCCGUGUAGCAAACCCCAUCUGUGUUGGUGGGGGUCUCCCACCCCAGAACUAACCAUGGCCAACCCUGCUUAGUUUCCAACCUCUCACAAGCUCAGGCUAACCUGGGUAUUCAGGAGCUGGGCCGUGGCAGAAGAUUCCUGGUUUCACUGCCAGAUCCCCCCUUCAGGUCUUCUCAGCCCAUGAGCUCUUGAUCCCAUCAGAUCUAACGGUUUGGCUGUGGAAAUGACAGGAUGUGCUGCUGCUGCCGCAGCAGGUGAUUUAUAGUAACAGCUGGUUGUGAAAUAAGGAAUGAGCAGGGUUUUCUUUGUAGAAAAAAGCCCAGCAGGAACUCAUUUUCAUAUUAGGCCACCCCCCCCCGAUGUCACCAUUGUUCCAUACAGGGCUUUUUGUAGAAAAAGCCCAGUAGGAACUCAUCUGCAUAUUUGGCCACACCCCUUGAUGCCAAACCAGCUGGAACUGCUAAAAAAAAAAGCCCUGGGAAUUAGCAUUACUCACCCCCUGGCUGUCUCUUGGAAAUCUCAGGGUGAAGACAGAUGUAACAUCUGAAGGCCACUGGAGGCUAUUGGCUCACAGCACUGCUGCCCAUGAUCCCAGUCCUCUGGCACAACUGUUUCUGCUAGUUUUCAACAUGAACUGUGGAAAAGGUGGUUCACUUGAUUGUGUCAAAUCUGCAUGCCUUUGAGGCUAGUGUUUGUAAUGUCUCCAGUUCACCUUUCCCCCCAGUCCCUAGAGAAGUUUGAAAGUUCUUUUCUCUUUGUCUGUGUAUAAAGUAAAGGAUGAAUGCAUGUAUACCUCCCCUUAAACAUGCCUCCCCUGGAGCGGUUCAGACAUCCCAAUGGGAAGAUUGAAGGGAAUGGUUCCUUCAUCGAUUUGGCAUUCAGUGUACUGUGCAGAAGAAGGUCUGUACUCUGUACUGUUUGGUGGGAAACCCAUUGUGACUAUUGAAACAAUAGUGUGCCUCCCUGUUGGAUAAUUUAGCAUAUGCCACAUCUGUAGUCAAAUGUUAAUAGGAUUUGCUUCUGAGAACUGGAAGCUCUUGGUAGUAUCAGUGGCAAUGGGCUUGAGACUUCCAUUCUGUAGUGCUAUCCUGCCAGAUUGCUGUGUUGAAUCUAACGGGAUCUCGUGAGCGUUCUUGCUCUGCUGUGCCACUUCAGAUGGCAGGUCAGGGACUGCAUGUUUGAAUGUUACCCAGCAUUAAGAAGAAAUGUGCUUUCUUCUCUUUUAAGAAAUGCAAGUCAAGAUUCUCAGAUAUGGGCACAGUACUGUGUUCUGUGCAUGCUGUCUUCACUGUACACAGAAUUAACAUUUGCCUGUUUGGAAGCAGCACUGUAAGCUGCUAUUCUACUACUAUUAAAGAAAACUCUUCAGUUUUCAUAUUUGUAUGUUCAUGUGCUCUAUUGUGGACUUUGACACCUGGAUCUUGGUUUUGCUGUCAAAGGGUGUGUGCGCCCUUGGAUGUCUUCAAAAUAAAACUCUUCUAAAUCCUA